UUGUCACGAGGACACUGUCAUGGCAGCCUCCAUGAUGAACAUGGCACAGAGAUGUUUACAUCUGGUGAUAUAUUACCAGAUUGAAAUGUAGUUGUAUUUACGUAGACACCGUUGUGUUCUGGACUUUCUCUGAGAGCAUAUUUCACUGCAAAUCGACUUUGAGGCGAUGGCUCUGGUCUGCAUUCGUGUGUUUGUUCGCCAGAGGUUUCCUCUGAACUGCCGAGGUUACUCAAAACCUAGUAGUGUGCCAAAGAGAAGGGAGACGAACAUCGACAAACCAGUUUUCCAGUACGUCGGCCAAAACAGAAAGCCCAAUGAUAAAGUGUUUGUUUGGGGAUUCAGUUACACGGGAGCUCUGGGUAUCCCUAGUUUUGUGGUCCCAGACAGUGGUAGGAAAAGACCUCGAAAAUAUCAGCUGACACCUUACCGUUUAGAUACAGCAGAGAAGAUAUCCUCAGCAGCAUGUGGGUAUGGCUUCACUUUGUUGGCGUCCUCCACGCCAGAUGUCAUAAAACUGUGGGGAAUGGGGCUGAAUAAAGACUCUCAACUAGGAUAUCAGCGUACACAACAUGACAAAUAUAAGAGCUAUGACUACGUGCUAGAGCCUGCACCUGUAGCUCUGCCGCUAGCCAAGCCUCAAGAGACGCGGGUGGUCCAAGUGUCCUGUGGCCGUGCGCACUCUUUGGUACUCACAGAUUCAGAGGGAGUGUUCAGCAUGGGAAAUAAUGCAUAUGGACAGUGUGGAAGGAAGAUUAUUGAAGAUGAAGUCUAUAGUGGGAGUCACACAGUACACAAUAUUGAGGGCUUUGACAGCAAAAUCAUCCAGGUAGCCUGUGGACAGGACCACAGCCUUUUCCUAUCAGAGACAGGAACAGUAUAUGCCUGUGGAUGGGGAGCUGAUGGACAGACAGGUCUGGGUCACUACGACAAAGCCUCUUGUCCUGUCAUGGUGACGGGAGACCUGGCGGGGGUGAAGGUCCAGCAGGUGGCCUCUUAUGGAGAUUGCAGCCUUGCCGUGUCCACAAACGGCCAGCUCUUCGGUUGGGGGAACUCUGAAUACCUACAGCUGGCCUCUAUCACGGAGAGCACUCAGAUAAGCUCUCCAAAGCUGCUUCCUCUGGAGGGGGUCGGCAGGGUGCAGCAGGCCGCGUGUGGUGGGACCCAAGUGGCCGUACUAAAUGAUGAAGGUGAGGUGUUUGUAUGGGGGUUUGGGAUUCUUGGAAAGGGUCCUAAUCUCUCAGAGUCCUCAACCCCUGAGAAGCUUCCGCCAACUCUCUUUGGCCAAUCAGAGUUUAAACCUGAUGUCAAGGUCACACGCGUCCAUUGCGGAUUGAAUCAUUUUGCUGCAAUCACAAGCCACGGUGAGCUUUUUGUAUGGGGAAAGAAUGUCAGAGGAUGCUUGGGUAUUGGAAGGCCAGAUGAUCAGUAUUUUCCAUGGCGGGUGACUGUACCAGGACACGUGGUGGACGUGGCAUGUGGUGUAGAUCACAUGGUGGCCAUGGUCAAAUCUCUGAUCUAAGUGAGGAGACAUGGAGCGCUCUCUACGGUGAUCAGGCUUGUUUUCUUAACCCCCUGGCUUUCUUGGCAGCUUCUGUUCACUGUGGCCGUCUGGAAUCUGGCUGGACAGAACGACAUCCCGCCCAACAUGGCUUCCAUAUUAUAUAUCCGUCCUUCUGAAGCAUGCAGAGCACAAGUCAGCACUUCAGCAUGUUGGAUACGCCUUGUUUCAAAAACUUACUGUGUAGUGUGAUCAUGGAUCCACUAUCAGAACACUUAAUAAGAACUGUUAACCUAGAAGAAGGUUUUUAUUUUUGCACAGACAAUAACUAUUUUCCCCAAGGCAAGUUGGUUGGGCAGCUCAACAAAUGAUCGUCAUGUGAACAUAUGUCAAAUUAUAUAAUGUGUACAACAUGUCAGUGUUUUAGAAUUUCUCCUUUAAAUCUCAGUGUUCAGUGACUUUUUUUCUAUCUAUGCAUAUUGUACAAAGUUUGUGUUUAUCAUCUUUGAGGCAAGUAAGAUAAUGAACAACCAUAUUUCUAGUCAUGUCUGUCCUGCUACUGAAAAGCCAUAACGUAAGUGUCACUACUUGAAUGAGCUGUGGAUUUGGUACAGUAGAGGUCUGUGGUGAGAUAAAUGGGAAGUAGAAGACAUGGAUAUGGGCAUCUAUCUCCAGUUGAGGCAUAAAAUGUCUUUCUGUUGUAUCAAACAUAUAAAUCGCAAAGCCCUUCA